UCUGCUCCGCUUCGUGCAGUACACAAUCCAUUACCAAUAACUCGGUGCACACUGGACAUACAAUCGUCUGCCUCACAAACGUGAAUGAUGUCGACUCGGUCUCUAUACGAAGAGCUUGAGGAGCGAAUUUGUCCCCUUACUGGGCACAAGUAUCUUGGCAAUCUGGAGAGCCUCUCCAAGAUAAUUACGUGGCCAUCAGUCCAGAAGUCGCUAAACCCUUCUUUCGGUCGCCGAUGGUUAUGGCUACCAUACUGGGACAGCAGUCCGGAAAAUAAAAUCCCAGGAGCAAGAAAGGUCAUUGCCAUCCUGGUUCGGGCUGGACAAUCCAAGACCAUCGAAACUCUGUUAUCAGAAGACCUCACGGACGCAGAUCUUCCCCUUUCCCAAAAGGGGUCAGAUCUUCAGUCUGCCUCCCGCGAUAAGGUAUUCACGUGUUUUAGGACCUGGGAGCCUGGUGCAGUUGAGCGUUUUCUCGAGAAGCAGUGGGUGGUUCUUGAGCCGUUUAUGCAACUCAAUUCUGAGACUGCGAUCAAUGUCCAACUCGAAGGCCAAUGCGCUCUCAGCUUGGCGUUUUAUGCCUGCGUUGAGGUCACCAAAGACAAAGAGAGUACGGCUCAUGUCUUCAAAGCCACUGAGAAGCCAAAGGCUGCUGGAGAAGUCUACGUUGCUGUCAAGAAAUUCGAACAACGUCGAACAGAUGCCUUUGUCAAAGAGAGGGACAUGCUGAAGGCAAUCCAAGAGAAGGGCAUAUCGAACGCACACCUCAUCAAGCAUCUGGCUAUCUGUGAGGAUGUCCCAUGCAUCAUCUUUCCAUGGGCCGAUGGAGGAGAUUUGGGAGAAUACUGGCAGCGCGAGUCUCCAAGAACGCAAGAUGAGUUUCUGUGGUCACUCGGACAGAUGGUCGGGCUUGUAGAUGCCCUGAAGGAUCUUCACAAAGGGAAGUGUCGUCACGGAGACCUCAAGCCUGCAAAUAUCCUCUACUUCACUGAAAAUGGUGUUGGCGUCCUGAAGAUUGCGGAUGUUGGCGUCUCGAGAGUUCACGAGAAAGAGACUGCGCUGAGAAGGGGCGUGACAACCACCUCGGCCUCGACUAAAGUAUACGAGGGUCCAGAAGUCAAUGCCAAGAUUCCGAGGUCGCGUCUAUACGACUGCUGGUCGAUGGGAUGCAUCAUUCUCGAGUUUGUGCUGUGGCUAUUAUACGAUUUCAAAGCGAUCGAGAGCUUCUUGGCUGCCCGGCUCUCCGAAUCGCACGGCUAUUAUCGUCUCGUCGCUAACGCCCCCAAUAUUGAACCAUUGGAUAAUACGGAGGUACAUCCAGCGGUUUAUGAAGCGAUGAAGCUUCUGCGAGAGGAUCCGCGAUGUGUCGGUACCGCGUUGGAGGCCCUUGUCAACCUCGUCGACCAUAAAAUGCUUAUGAUAAAGCCUAAACAACGCCGGGAAGCUGCUGAUCUACACCAGGAACUCCGGGCCAUCCUCGGGAACGCCGAGAAGAACCCUUCGUAUUUGGUGAGAUCGGAUCAACCUGUCCCACAUGUCCCACCGAUAUUCAGCCAACCACCGCUGUCAUUCCAUUCAGACCAAGGGUCUACCUUUCAAUAAACAUGGGCUUGAAGAAAGAGAUUGACUUUUGGAAUGCCAACUUGACAGGAGAGCUCAACUCACGGGAACGACUUUACAAUUUUAAGCAAAACAGGCCACCUGCGUAUGUUCGAAUACACCUGCCGCGAAUUGCGUUACA